GGAAAGGCCCCGUUGGUCUCGUAAGCUGCCAGACCUUUUUGAUUGGGCGUUGGGUGAAAGAGGGGCUCUCUGAUUGGCUGGCUAUUACAUUCCAAUAGCGGAAGCAAAAUGGCGUCUCUCGGGUCGCCUCUUCGCACUUUCCGUGGUUUAUCGAAGGAGCUCCGUUAUGCUUUAGGAGGGAGCGAUGUCUCUUACCGAAACAAGGCAGCAUAUCGUUACUUGAAGGAAGCUUUCCGCUGCCAUCGGGUAACCAGUGAAAAACUCUGCAAAGCCCAGCAUGACUUACAUUUUCAGGCUGCUACUUAUCUCUGUCUUUUGCACAGUAUCCGGGAACACUUAGUACUACAUAAGGAAUAUCAUGGCAAAGGGGAUACUACACGUCAGCGAAUUAAAUUCAGUGAUGACAGAGUAUGCAAAAGUCAUCUUCUCAACUGUUGCCCUCAUGAUGUCCUCUCAGGAACAAGGAUGGAUCUUGGAGAAUGUCUGAAGGUGCAUGAUUUGGCAUUAAGAGCAGAUUAUGAAAUUGCAUCAAAAGAGCAAGACUUUUUCUUUGAACUUGAUGCAAUGGAUCACCUGCAAUCAUUCAUUGCUGACUGUGAUAGGAGAACAGAAGUGGCAAAGAAAAGACUGGCUGAAACUCAAGAAGAGAUCAGUGCUGAAGUGGCAGCCAAAGCUGAACGAGUCCAUGAAUUAAAUGAGGAAAUUGGAAAACUGCUUGCUAAAGUUGAACAACUUGGAGCUGAUGGAAAUGUGGAAGAGUCUCAGAAAGUAAUGGAUGAAGUAGAGAAAGCAAGAGCAAAGAAAAGAGAAGCAGAGGAAGUGUACCGGAACUCCAUGCCUGCUUCCAGUUUCCAGCAGCAAAAGCUACGAGUCUGUGAAGUAUGCUCAGCCUAUCUUGGCUUACAUGACAAUGACAGGCGGCUUGCUGAUCAUUUUGGAGGAAAGCUGCACUUGGGUUUUAUUGAAAUAAGAGAAAAGCUUGAAGAACUAAGGAGAAUUGUGGCUGACAAACAGGAGAAACGAAAUCAGGAACGUUUAAAGCGGAGAGAAGAAAGGGAGAAAGAAGAAAGAGAGAAGUUAAGAAGAUCUCGUUCUCACAGCAAGAACCCCAAAAGAUCUAGAUCCCGAGAUCGCCGUAGACAUCGAUCUCGGUCAUCCUCCCGUGAACGAAAGAAAAGAACCCGUUCCAGGUCCCGUGAAAAGCGACAUCGUCAUAGGUCUCGUUCUACUAGUCGCAGCCGCAGUCGCAGUCACCAAAGGAGCAGGCAGAGCUCCAGAGACAGAAGCAGAGAACCCAAUUCCAAAAAAAGAUCAUCAAAAGAAAGAUCUUCCAGAGAUCAAGAACGAACCAGAGAUCAUAACAGAACAUCACGUGACAAAGAAAGUUGCCCCAGAGAAAAAUCUCCAAGAGAUCGAAACUGCAAAGAAAGGAAGCGAUCUUAUGAAAGUGCAAAUGGUCGAUCAGAAGACAGGAGAAGCUCAGAGGAGCGUGAAGCAGGAGAGAUAUAACUGGCUGUACAUUCACUUGAUCCUUUACCUUCCUAUGAAGUUGCAUACUGUGGUUUAGUUUACAGUUAUUAAAAGGGACACCAGUGAGCAAUUCCAAUGUUUAUCCAUCUAGGAUAGAUGUACAGUGUAUAAACAUGGUUAUAAUGAAGUCUGAAUUGAUCCGUUUCCAUUGAUAAUUCAAUUGAUGAUAAGUGAAGCAGUUUCCUUUUUUCUUCUCCUCCAGUAAACUUGUAAGACAUAUUUUCAAUGAUCUAUCUUCAAGAUACCAGGUUUAUGUACCAACAUAAUAGAUUUAAAUGUUUUCUUCUCCAAUACAGGUUAUAGUAAACAAAACUAUAGUGUGCUCUUUGCUUUGGAUGCUUUCAAACCUUUAUAAGCUCUUCUAGUUUUAUUCUGUCAAACAGCAGCACUGAAUCAUUUUUAAAGAGGUUGAGUGGGUUCCAGGCUUUUAUUACCACCAGAAGAUUGAGUUCUCAGUUCCUUCUUGAGAACUGAACAUGUUUGGCAAUGUUUAGGUUGGGGACAUGUGCUGAAGAAAAUGACAACUUUUAAAUUUUAUUUUUACAGUGCCUAUUUAGACUUGGAAGUCAAACAGCUGUUGCAUUUCAUCCUUUAAAAUUUUUUUUUGAAACUUUGAAAUCAAAGCCAGUCCCAUGUCUUUGUACAAUUUAAUUGGUCUAUGUUCAGUAUAUUUGUUUUUUCUUUCAAAAUGAUUUUUCUGUUUUUUUUUCCUUGUGGUGUGUUAACUGCACAUCCCUAAUUGUAAACAGCAAAAAAUAAUAAAGUAAGCAAAAAAAUAAUUUUUGUCCAGUGAAAUAGCUGUGUGUUCCCACUCCCUCUUAACAAUUGAAGUGCAUGCUUCUCACAUCAAUACUUUUUUCAAUUAAAUCUGAAAAUCUGUUCUCGUAUUUAUUUGAAAGGUAAUGUUUCAUACAUAUUGUUGAUGAGUUUACUGAAAAAAUUGUGAAACACAGACUAAGUCUAAAAUACUUUAUGUAAUUCAUAUUUCUAUACAUAUGGAAUACAGCUUUCUUUGAGGAGGUAAGUUUUAACAACUGAAUUGUACACUGACACUCCAAUAGACAUUUUAGACAGAGGAGAAAAAUUUAUUAUCAAAGAUAACAUUGCAUAAAUAUAUAUCAUCAACAACCCAAGUAUGUAUAAAUACCUUCCAUUAAUUUGUCACAAAAUUUAAUAUCUGGAUCCGGAGCUGAAACUGCUUCAGAUCCUUUUUUUAUGAUUUAAUAGCUUUUGUAAUGAUGAACCUAUUCCUCAAAGUUAAGCAAAACUACAGUUGCAAGAAAAAGUAUGUGAACCCCUUGGGAUUACGUGGAGUUUUGCAUGAAUUGGUCAUAAAAUGUGCUCUGAAUUUCAUCUAAGUCACAACAAUAGAAAAACACAGUCUACUUAAAAUAAUACUACACAAACAUUAGAUGUUGCCAUGGUUUAAUUGAACAUAGCAUGUAAACAAUUCACAGUGCAGGGAGGAAAAAGUAUGUGAACCUUUGGACUUAAUAACUGGUUGACCCUCCUUUGGCAGCAAUAACCUCGACCAACCAUUUCCUGUAGUUGCAGAUCAGACCUGCACAACGAUCUGGAGUAAUUUUGGACCACUCCUCUUCACAAAACUGUUUCACUGUAGCAAUAUUCUUGGGAUGUCUGGUGUGAAUCGCUCUCUUAAGGUCAUGCAACAGCAUUUCAAUCGGGUUGAGGUCAGGACUUUGACUGGGCCACUCCAGAAGGCGUAUUCUGUGCUGUUGAAGCCAUUUUUUUGUUGAAUUACUUGUAUGCUUUGGGUCAUUGUCCUGUUGCAUCACCCAUCUUCUGCGGAGCUUCAGUUGGUGGACAGAUAGUUGUACGUUUUCCUACAAAAUGUCUUGAUAAACUCUGGAAUUCAUUUUCUCAUCAAUGACAACAAUCCGUCCAGGCCCUGAGGCAGCAAAGCAGCCCCAAAUCAUGAUGCUCCCUCCGCCAUGUUUUACAGUGGGGAUGAGGUUUUGAUGUUGGUGUGCUGUGCCUUUUUUCUCCACACAUAGUGUUGUGUGUUCUUCCCAAACAACUCAAUUUUGGUUUCAUCUGUCCACAGUAUAUUUUGCCAGUAGUGCUGUGGAACAUCCAGAUGCUCUUUUGCAAACUUCAAAUGUGCUGCAAUAUUUUUUUUGGACAGCAAUGGCUUCCUCCGUGGUGUCCUCCCAUGUACUCCAUUCUUGUUUAAUGUUUUCCUUAUUGUGGGUGUGUCAACAAAAACGUUAGCAUGUGCCAGAGAUUUCUGUAGGUCCUUAGCUGACACUCUAGGAUUCUUCUUUACCUUAUGAAGCAUUCACAUAAGCAUACCUUAUGUGCUCUUGCAGUCAUUUUUACAGGACGACCAUGCCUAGGGAGAGUAGCAACAGUGCUAAACUUUCUCCAUUUGUAGACAGUCUGUCUUACCGUGGACACAUGAACAUCAAGGCUUUUGGAGAUACUUUUGUAACCCUUUCCAGCUUCAUGCAAGUCAACAAUUCUUGAUCGUAGGUCUUCUGAGAGCUCUUUUCUGCGAGGCAUGGUUGACAUCAGACUGCUUCUUGAAACCAGUAAACCCAAAACAGGUGUGUGUUUUUAAAGGGCAGGACAGCUAUCAGCAACACAUCCAAUAUCAUCACACUGAUUGGCGGCAAGGUUGGCUCACUCCUGGCUCCAAUUAGCUCUUGGAGAAGUCAUUAGGCUAGGGGCUCACAUACUUUUUCCUCCCUGCACUGUGAAUGUUUACAUGUUAUGUUCAAUUAAACCAUGGCAACAUCUAAUGUUUGUGUAGUAGUAUUUUAAGCAGACUGUGUUUUUCUAUUGUUGUGACUUAGAUGAAGUUCAGAGCACAUUUUAUGACCAAUUCAUGCAAAAUUCCACGUAAUCCCAAGGGGUUCACAUACUUUUUCUUGCAACUGUAUAUCAGUGAAACCCACAAACUAACUUUGUUCUUUCCUUGCUGUCCUUAGAUGAUUAACUAAUCCUAACAAAUUUUGUUUUUAAAAUUCUUUGAAAUGACAAGUACAAAAUUCAUUAUUGUCAAAUGAUGCUUAGUUGAUCAAUCUAAUAGUUAACUAAUAUGUUAAUCAGGGCUAUUGUGGAGUUUUAAAUUUACAAAGUGACAGUAUAUGCACUUGGAAUUUUUUCAAUGUAGAUAUAAAAAUUUAUUUUCAGUAACAGAUACAUACCCUUCCUCAGAAUAUAGUGCCUUGCACUUAUUUCAAAAUUUACACAACCCAGCAUUGUCUAAAUGUGUAUAUAAUAUCAAAUAAUAGAUUUUCUCUUUAAAAAAAAUGUUUUACAAACUAAUACAUCCAAUAUAUUAUUGCUGUUGAAAAUGAGCUUGUAAAACAUUUAACUUUUCAGUAACAAUAUAAAUUGGGUAAAAGGUAUCAUUUUGUAGAAUUAAUAGGAAAAGAUAAGACUUUUUCAUCACAUCCUUCCAAAAAUAUUUUAUUCUGAUCUGGUGAUGGUAGUUCAGCUUCUUAACUCAUGAAAAUUACUUUUUUUUUUUAGUCUUAUCUAUUUAAAAGUUCUUUUAAAAAUUUGUGUAGUGACUAUAUAUCAGAGUAUUUAACAACUCUAAAACGAAUUCCUUAAACUGGGAUUGAUAUUUGGUUCAAUUAAUAAUUGAGUGCUCCUUUUUUUGUUUAAAUUGUUUUCUGAAUUUAGUAGGUAGCAAAUGAUAUCAGUAUUUUGUUUGGAUAAGUUGUGUUUAAGAUGUAAGCUAAAUUUGACCAUAUACAAGAUACAUAUUAAUGAAUUAGACAGUUUCUAUAUAUUAGGAACACAUAAUUUGCAUAUUACAUUCAUAAUUUCAUAUGUUAGGUUUGAAAUGCUCUUCUAGAAAUAUACAAACAUUAUUCCAAAAUAGGUUUUGAUAACCUCAUAUUGCACAUUCUUAUAAUUUUUGAAAGUUUGAAAAAGAACUUUUGGGUGAUCUUCACUAUUAGUGAAAGCAAAUUCAUACUAUAUACAGCAAUAUCUUUUUCUAAAUAUUCUACCAUUCAGUUUCCUUGACUGAUCAUAACUCUAUUAUUAAAAAAUGAGAAAAAUCUAUUCAUUUUCACAACAAUUUGCCUUCAGGAUAUGCUUCAUGUUACCUUAGAGAGGAAAAUGUAACAGGGAAAUGUAAAAUAAUCUAUUUUUGAAGUGUUUCAAUAAUCACUGCUUGAAUUAGCUGCAUGUCAAAAGUAUUUUUCAUAUAGUUAAACAAUUCCUAACUUCAGUAGAUUUUGAAAUCAUGUAUCAUGUAGCUUUUUUAUAGAAUGGCUGAAGUUUGGAAAGCUUAAAAGGACUGCAUAAAUACAAAAAGACUUAAAAUAACAA